AUGGAAUCCAUUAACUUUAGUAGCCAAUAGCAAAUUCAUCAGUUUUAAGAAUAAGAAAGGAGGUAGAAGAUAUAAAAAGCUAUCACAGAUUAUCAGGCAAGAACUGUCCAUGAGUUCAUUGGAAAAUAGCAAGAUUUUUUCACAAUCAUUAGUUUGAAGAAAGAUGGGAAAAUCAUGGCCUCUGAUGGAAAAACCAUCUAUUUACUUACUAAGAAACUGAAAGUAAUUAAACAUUACUUGAUUAAUAUGCCAACUUACAAUGGAGUGCAAUCAGGAAGGAAGUUAUUCUGCCAGGUUGGAUUUAAUUUUAAAGUGCUUGAUCCUAAGAGGAACUACUAGAUUAAGAGCUUUAGCCCAAAAGAUGAAGUUUAGGUGAUUAAAAAAAUAGACGAUCAUCACUUGAUUUUCGGAGAAACUAAUGGAAUUAUUCAAAUCGUAUCGGUUGCAGAAAAUAAGAUCACAAAUUCAUAUAAUUUAGAUUACUCGGCUUAAAGACAUAGAAGAAGGGCCUCCUUUUUACCUUCUAUUUUUGACAUAGCCAAAACAUCUUGCCCAAACGAAUAUGCAUUAGCUACGAAGAGAGGCGUCUUGUUUUGCAAGAUUAAUACAGAGCUCGGAGACUAAGAUAUAUUUAGUUAGAACAAAGAAGAAGAGUAUUUGAAAAGAUUAGAAGUGAGAAAUCUUAUCUAGUUAGAGCCAAACAUAUUUUUGGCAACUUUAGCAAAUAAAAGUUCCAUAUUUAAAAUAAAUCGAACAACUCAGAAGAGUGACGCAUUCAACCCUUAAACUAACUUAUACUAUAAUCAAGAAUAUGUCUCUCUUAAAAAAGUUAUAGGAUACAACCCAAUAACCUUCCCCUUUGUUUUAAUGAGAGAUUAAUUCUCAUACUAGUUAAUAGAAACAACAAAUAUGGCAGUAGUUAGAAAUUUCAAGAUUUAUGAUUACCAGCCAUUCAAAGUGAUGAUUCAGCCACCUGCUUCAUUAAAAAAGCAGAUGCUUAUCCUCAGGAAAGGAAGCAAACUAAGUUUAGUUGGUGUGAGCAAAUUAGCAUAUAGAAAUGAAAUGAUAAUUCAAGAAUCUGUUAUUUAUGAGUUUGAGAAAGAAUGA